AUGAAUAAUAUCGACAAAAUGGAACGAAAAUCUCCGCGAGACGUCGGUAGAGCUACGACUUUGAAUUCUGCGUUGCCCUGGAAGGUUUGGUUACGAAUUGAGCAGUGGACCGAUGAGAUUAACGAACCUUUUGCCCUCCAUUUUAACGAACAAGAUACUAUAGAUGACUUGAAGACUAAGAUAUUCGAUAAAUUAAAUGGCUUGAGAUGGUCAAGAUUGAAUGAUAAUGCAUCUAUUGCUAUUGCGUAUUACGUGAGUAGGGAUUUUAUCGACGAACGAACUCCUCCAUUUCCAAGACCUCCCAGCAGCCCGGUUGAUGCUACGAGCAGCUUUAGCGGUCGAAAUAGGAGUUUCCAUUACCCGAAGCCCUUGGCGUUGGGAAUAUCGGAAGAUUUUUCUCGGCGAUGCUAUAGUGUCACGGCAAGCCCCAGUAGGUCCGCUUCGAACAGUCCUAAUCUGGUCAAGAUUUGGCAGCCCCCAUUGGUACGUUAUCGAUCAGCAUCACCCUAUGGGAGACUGGGCGGCACCAGUGUACCACAUCCACAAUCCACAAUGAAUGCGGCAAAGCGGGUACCAGGCGUUUUAAACAAAAGCUACGAGUUUCCGCCCGAGGAAAAGGACAAUGACUCCCCUGACAUGAAGAUUUCAUUCGAACCAGAUGAACUGAUAAUAACUGUCUACAGCAGCCUCUUUGGCCACAUCGGCUCGCAGCGAGCUUCCGAAGCCCUGUUCGUAGUCUGCAACGAAAGAGAACCUGCUUUAUCUGUUACGGCGCCACCACCCGCAUUGAGUGCCAUAAAUGCAUCUACAUAUGUCCCCACUAAUGAGGAAAUAGAUCGACAGCUCUCGGAUAUUCAGGCCUCAGGCAUGAAAGAAGGCCUGUUUCUCGAAACUGACCUACCUCAUGGUUCAACGAAUGACAAUGAAGAGAUUGAAGUACCAGCUCUGUUGGAUUCUACGACUCCCACCGACGAAGAGGGAGAAAUAGAGCGCGAAUUUAAGCUGAUCACAAACGAAGAACAGCUGAAGAAAGAAUCUCGUUGCUUGCAGGACACCGAGCAUGCCACAGACUCGCCUAAACCGGCUAUUCUCCUUCUUCCGAAGAACUAUACUGGAGGUGUCGACCUCAACGAGCUUGACUCAAAAUUCUCGUCUGAUUCAUCCUCCCCUGGCUCCACAGGCGGUAAUGACUGCGAGACUGGAAGGCAAAGCCAGCAGGCUAUUUCCACUUCUUCCUACGCUCCUUUAGAUGAAAAUGAAAUUGGGUUGAUUCAUCCAUUGCUUGAAAGUGAGCGGAAGAAAAAUACAAGCUCGUGUCCAAGCUCCCCACAACUGCCAGCGAAACCGACUACUAUUGUACCAAGUCUACGUUCUAAUACAUCUAUCACUUCACUCCAUGAGAACCAGUUACCGAACGGCUUCACUACGCCGACCAAUCAUGAAAUAUUUCCCAAAAUUAAUGUUCUCAUUGUUGAAGACAACGUUAUAAAUCAGGCAAUUCUACGAUCGUUUUUAAAAAAGCAUAAAAUAUCAUACAAGGUUGCCAAGAAUGGUCAAGAGGCUGUCGACAGGUGGAAAGAAGGAGGGAUAGAUUUGAUCUUUAUGGAUUUGCAGCUGCCCGUUUUCUCUGGAAUGGAUGCAGCGAAAAAGAUCAGAGAUUUGGAGAAACAGAAUAUCUCUAAACAGAACAAUUCAGUCAGAACUUCGAAUAACAAGGCUCCAGUUAUCAUUGUCGCCUUUACAGCAUCUAACUCUCUUGUUGACAAGAGAGAAGCUCUGUUGUCAGGUUGCAAUGAUUAUCUAACGAAGCCUGUCAAUUUGCACUGGCUUAGUAAGAAAAUCAAUGAAUGGGGUUGUAUGCAGGCCUUGAUAGACUUCGACGGCUGGAAGAAAGGGCAGAGCAGAAUGACCGACAGCGUUAUUAAGGCAUCUCCAAAGUUUCCUAAAGCAUCAGAAUUUAACUCUGGCCACAGUUCCUCGAGCCGAAGAAGCCGGAACACCAGCGAAACACGUCAAUAG